AUGGCUUCCUGUGUGAUAUCCAGCGUGCCAAUCCUCCUGCUCCACUUCAUCCUCUUUUUCUCAAAUCGGCUCGUCGCCGUCCAAACCCAAGAGAUCCCGCUGGCCACGCCGGGAUCCCAGGGCAGCCGGCUGACAACGUACAUCAUCCAUGUUGAUGCGCCACCUCCUCAUUUGCGAGCAGACCCCGAGGGUAGGGAGGCCUGGCACAGGUCCUUCUUGCCGGUCCACCUCAUGGACUCCGGCGAGCAGCGGCUGCUCUACUCGUACGAGCACGCCAUUACUGGCUUCGCCGCCAGAUUGACCGAGGAGGAGCUGGCAGUCGUCAGGGAGAUGGACGGCUUCCUAGCCGCCUACCCCGACGAGCUCAUCCCACUCCAGACGACCCACUCACCAGAAUACCUCAAACUGCAGGCCUCCCGCGUGUGGAACAACUCCAACUAUGGCGAGGGCGUAAUCAUCGGCGUCCUCGACUCCGGAAUUAAUCCGGACCACCCCUCCUUCGUUUGCGAUUUGCCCCCGCCUCCCUCUACCUGGAAGGGGCAGUGCGAUUUCGGGCCUGACCGAUGCAACAGGCUUAUCGGUGCGAGGGGCUUCACCCUCGGACUGAGAGCGAUGCAUGCCGAAGGACUCGCCGGCGAGAUUUCUCUGGGAAAAGCACCGUUCGACCCCACUGGACACGGCACACACGUCGCGAGCACCGCUGCGGGGUGCUUUGUCGACGCCGCCGCCGCCUCGUAUGGGCAGGCUCAGGGCAAGUGGUCGGCGUGGCUCCCAGGGCCUAUCUCUCCGUCUAUAAGGUGUGCGAUAGCGUUGGCUGUACAAAGAGCGAUAUCCUGGUGGGUUUCGACGCUGCCAUUAGUGAUAGGGUCCACGUGGCGUCACUGUCUAUCGGUACGUCAUCCAGCGACUUCUACAGUGAUAUGGUUGCUGUUGGCGGCUUUAGGGCGAUGGAGGAGGGCAUCUUCGUCAUCUACGCGGCGGGAAACUACGGGCCGUCCCCGCACACCCUCUCCAACGAUUCGCCUUGGCAGCUGACGGUCGGCGCGACGACCAUGGACAGGAGCAUCCGCGCCACGGUGGGGCUCGGGAAUGGGCUAGAGUUCUACAGCGAGUCUCUCCAUCAGCCGGGCUACUUCGGCCCAACUCAGCGUCCUCUCGUCCUGGGUGGAUCCUGUUCGAAGAACCCCACGGUCAACGUCCGCGGGAAAGUUUUGUUGGAUGCCAUACCAAACAUGAGGCCGACCGACCAAAGUUUGAACGUGAGGAAAGCACGCGGUGCAGCCAUGAUACUGGCAGACACCGUGAGAGAGGGAAACACGACCCUUGCGGAGGCCCACGUCCUUCCGGUGUCCCGCGUCAGCUCUUACGUCGGAUUGGCGAUAAAACAAUACAUCACAUCUGGCAGCAAUGCGACGGCUACCAUCGUCUUCAACGGCACUGUCACCGAAGAGCAGCUCACACCGGCGGUGGCGUACUUCUCUUCGAGGGGGCCCAGCAUCCGCAGCCCGGGAAUCCUAAAGCCGGACAUUGUCGCCCCGGGAGUCAAUAUCCUUGCGGCGUGGCCUACACCGGUGGGAACCCCCGACGCUCAGUCGUCUUUCUUCGUAAUCUCCGGUACCUCCAUGGCCACACCCCAUGUGAGCGGCAUGGCAGCGCUGAUCAAGUCCCCUCAUCCCACCUGGUCGCCGGCGGCGAUCAAGUCGAUGCUGAUGACCUCGGCGAACCAAGUAGGCAACGCCGGGAAACGGAUCGAGGAUCACUUGGGGAAUCCGGCAUCCGGCUUUGACGUAGGUGCCGGCAAGGUGGACGCUCGGGGGGCCAUUGACACCAGCGUGGUCUACGAAAUCACCUCAAGCGACUACAUCGCGUAUCUGUGUAGCCUUGGAUACACGAGGCUGCAGAUUCUAAUCAUGGUUGGCCACGACGUGAACUGCUCGUCGGUGAUUUCUAUCAAGGAGGACGAGCUAAACUACCCGACUUUCCGGAUCUCCCUGAACGCCGCUAAUAACUUCAGACGAGAGGUGACCCGGACGCUGACCAACUUGGGGCCUUUGGAGACGAGCCGCACGACCCUGAACCCUGAGUUCGUCGGGGUCUCCGCGACUGUGCUGCCGGCCACUCUCACAUUCUCCAGCGGGGAGAAGAAGCAGUACACUGUGACCUUCGCCAAGAGCGGCGCCGGGACGGGGUUCACUGUCAGCGGCCUGCUGGGUUGGCCUUGCAAUGGAACAAUCCUGCGUAAUGCAGCGGUGGUGUCCUACUAA